AUGUCCGAAGCCUUUCAUCGUUUGAAGGCUGAGAGGUUUCGCUGCGUCGAGCACGUGCAGCGCUUCAGUGCCCAGCUGCUUUCGGCGCUGGAGGAGUAUGCGCGGCAACAGGUGACAGGCUGGAGUGAGCUGUCGGUGCCGAGCCUUUGUCGCCUCGCGCAGCUCUCGGUGGCCCCGCUACGGGCGGAGCACAUCGGGCAGAUCUUCAGCUAUGCCGGGAAGGUGCCCGAAGAUGCCUGGCCUCGCAUCUGGGCAGAUGAUUGGUCAUUGGGUUCGCCCCCAUUGGGCCACAUUAGGAAGCAACGGAUCAUCACUGGCUCCUGCAUCCACCGCUUGAUCGGUGGAUGCUUUUGGAUUUUGAAGGUUUGCUGUCGGUGA